UGCACUUCCGGUCUCGCGUCGGAGGCGGUGAGGAGAGGAGGGAGUCGGCUGUGUGUCGGGGAAGGAGGAAGCGGAGUCCCGAGGAAGGGAGGAAGGGGAGCGGAGAAGCGCCUCCGGUGCCCCCCCACCGUCUCCUGACCCGCGCCUCGGAGGGAUGCUGCCUGCGCUGACGCCGCCAUCGCCUGCCUGCUGGUGCUGAGAGGGCCAUGGCCUCCCCUUCGCCCUCCUCCUCCUCUUCCGACAGCAGCUGCCUCAUUUUGGAAGACAGCGACCGCGAGGCCCCCGCCUCGCCCCUCCGGCCGGAAGCAGCCAAGCCCCCCUCCCCGGCCCUGCCGCCAGCCGUGACCCUGCCGCAGACCAAUGGCAGGACGGAGCCCAAGCCCCCAGCCCCCGGGAAGGACCCCGCCAGCCUCCAGGCCGAGAACGAGCGGCUCUUCGCAGAGUUUGUGACCUUCUGCGCCCAGCACACAGCAGACCACCCAGAGGUGAUGCCUUACUUGGCCGGCAGGCAUCAAAAGACCAACCCGGACUUCCUGGCAUCAGUGGAAUACCGGAAUGUUCUGGGCCGCUGCCUGACCCGGGUCCAGGCCCGCCGGAGCAAGAUCUACGUCUACAUCAAUGAGCUGUGCACUGUCUUCAAGGCCCACACCCAGCGGAGGAAGCUCCCCAUCGCCAGUGCCACCCCUGCUGUGCGGGACAGGGAUGCUGCGGCUGCAACCAAUGCUGGUGAAGACCCUGCAACCGCAGCUUCCAUGGAGGAGGCCACCUCCGCUCCCUCAGAUGCCCCGGAGGCGGCCAAGACCCGGCCGGACUCCCGGCGCCACAUCCGGUACCUGGAGAAUCUGCUACGGGUUUAUGCGGAGGAGAUCCGGCGGCUGCAGGAACGGGAGCUGGACCUGGCAGAUCUGGACCGGGAGGACUCGGCCUACCUGCAGGAGAGCAGGCUCAAGCGGCGCAUGAUGCACAUCUUCCGGCGCCUCUGCGAGUUGAAGGACUGCAACAGCUUGACCGGCCGGGUCAUUGAGCAGCGCAUUCCCUACCGGGGGACCCGCUACCCAGAGGUCAACCGCCGGAUCGAGCGGCUCAUCAACCGGAACCAGGAAGCCUUCCCGGACUACGCUGACAUCCUCAAGGUGGUCCAGAAGGCCAAUGUCCGGCACAGUCUGGGCCUCCCCAAGCGCCAGAUGGAGAGCAUGGCCGCCGAUGCCUUCCGGGAGGUGGGCAACCGGCUGCAGGAGCGCCGGCACCUCGACCUCAUCUACAACUUUGGCAGCCACCUCACCGACCAGUACCGGCCCAGCGCUGACCCGGCCCUGACGGAUGGGGACCUUGCCCGCCGCCUGAGGCACAAUCGGGAGAAGGCUGUCCAGCGGCUGGAGGAGGUGACCUCGCAGUUUGCACAGCUCCAGGACCAGAGUGAGGAGACGGAAUGGCGACAGCGCAAGAAGGGGGGCCGGACCACAGCCGCCAAGGGCCAGCCAGCCUCCCCCACAGAGGAGGCCGAUCCAGGGGCAGCGGUGUCUGCUCCCCAAAAGGGCAGCCAGAAUCCAGUGGGGAGCAACAAAGACCCCGUCCGGGAGAACCCACAGGAGGAAGAGGAGGAUGAGGACGAGGAGGAAGAAGAAGAGUCCUCCUUUGAGUCUGACAUGGAGGUGGACUUGGCAAAGGGCCUGGACAGCGGAGACGACGAUGAGGGGUUGCCCCCAGACGAGGAGCCCUCUGCUGCCCGGGAGGCGGAGGCUGACCAGCGCAUGGACCUUGAAGUGAUGGAGGUUGUUCUCUAUUCCUCUGUGGAUGAGGAGGAAGAGGAGGAGGAGGAAGAAGAAGAGGAGGAGGAAGAAGAGGAGGGGGAGGACAAUGAAAAAGAGGCCACGGGGCCACGGCAUCCCCUCCUGGAGACGGAGGAGGUGCUCCUCCUGGAUGAGAAUGGGAUCCCGCGCAACCAGAAGGCCCCCCACCCCCUGGCCAAGCGCGGGCGGACACUGGAGAAUGGGAGCUCUCCCCAGUCGGGGGUCACGGCCCUCCAUGACCUCAAUGGUCAGCCCCCCAGGAAGCGGGGCAGGCAGGAGCACCUCAUGUCCAACAGCACUUGCAUCGAGGUGCCCAGCACAGGGUCCUCCGAGGCGGAGGACGAAGAUGGCCAGGGAGAGGUGGUCCUCUUCAGCUCGCCACCCACCACCCAGAGCCCGGCCCCCCUGGCCGACUCCACCUGCGCCGACUCCCCCAGCCUGGGCCUGGUCUCCAGUUCUCUCGGGAGCCCCCAGCCGGACCUCCAGCAGCCGGAGCAGGCCCUCCCCCUGGCCAAGGUCUGCAAGACCAGUGUGGCCACGCAGUGCGACCCAGAGGAGAUCAUUGUCCUCUCAGACUCGGAUUAGGCCCGCCGCUGCCGCCAGCCUUUGGAGUCUAGACGGCAGGGCUGUUGUGGCCCCUCUGCUUGGUGACUUUGGGGGGGGGACUGCCAUAUUGGUAGGGGGUCUGGUUGUGUGUGCACGUGUGGAUGGAGGACGAGGGGGGUCUCCGGACCCCCUGACCUGCAGGGUUUUCUUUCCUGUUUUGCUUUUGUGGACGCUUUUGUGGGGCUUUUCUUGCCACUGCAUGGAAUUGGAAGGAGGAGGGAGAGGCAAAGGCAAGGGGUGAGGGGCGGGGGGGCACACGUUUUGGGGGAGGCUUUUAUUCCCCCUCCCCUCCCCUCCCCUCCUUCCUGGGGGCUGCGGGGAGGGCUUUUGUACAUUUAUGCUCUGAAAUUUUGGAAACCGUUGGGGGCUUUUUUCCAAAAGAAGAGGGAAGAAAUAAAGAAUAUUUUUCUGUACUGAUUA